GUUGUUUAAGAAAGACCUGGUCGAGCCAUUUGUGCCUCACGGUUAUAUUUUGGCAACCGUGGUGAUGUUAUUUGUACUUUAUGACUGUUGAAUCUGAAAUAUUGUCUGUUUUCUUUAUAUUAUCCAAAGGAUCUGCAGAAUCCCAGUGUUGGGGAGGACCUAUUAUGCAUUCCACGCUCCUCUUACCAAAAACAAAACAAAAACAAAACAAAACAAAAAAAGCGAUUUCGGUUUUCCCGGAGAAGAACGGGGGGAGCGCCUCUACUUCCUGAUGGUUCAGUAAUCAAUAAUUUCAUCAUCUGUUAAAGGACGUGAGUACCACCUUCAAGGACGUGAGCGCCCCACAGCUGGUGGAGCCUUUUUGGCGAGGUCAUUGGAAGCCUGACCCCACGGGGGCUCAGAAGAGUGCCCUUUCCAAAUUGGGGUAACCAUCCCUGUGGUGAUGAGCAAACAGAGCUAAUCACCUUGAGUGUGGGAGUAGAUGUUGUCAAAUGCACAAAUAGUGGCAGCGUGUCCUGCUGGGUAAGAGUGUGGGACCUGGGGCUGAGCCUGUGGGGUCCUGUCUGGACUGCUGCCUCUGCUACCCACUAUUGGAAGAGCAAAAUGGAAGAGUAUGUCUUUAAUUUUUUCUGGAUGGUCAAACAUGAUGUGCUGCGUUAGAGAACUGGAUGCCAUUGGAUCCCAGGAUGCUGCUGGCUGUGUGUUUCUGCUCCUGUAGAGCAAGUGAAAUUACUUGACAGAUUCAGUACCAAUAACAAAUCAUUAACAGGAACAUUGUAUCUUACUGCUACACAUCUAUUAUUUAUAGACUCUCACCAGAAAGAAACCUGGAUAUUGCACCACCAUAUUGCCUCUGUAGAGAAAUUGGCUUUGACUACUUCUGGAUGCCCACUUGUAAUUCAGUGCAAGAACUUCAGGAUUGUGCAUUUUAUUGUUCCCAGAGAAAGAGAUUGCCAUGAUAUUUACAACUCUUUGCUACAACUGUCAAAACAAGCAAAAUAUGAAGAUCUUUAUGCAUUCUCUUAUAAUCCGAAACAAAAUGAUUCAGAACGAUUACAAGGUUGGCAGCUCAUUGACCUUGCUAAGGAAUAUAAGAGGAUGGGCGUGCCAAACCCAAACUGGCAGUUGUCUGAUGCCAACCGAGAAUAUAAGAUAUGUGAAACUUACCCCAGAGAACUUUAUGUUCCCCAAAGUGUAAGCAAGCCAAUAAUUGUUGGCAGUUCCAAAUUCCGGAGCAAGGGAAGAUUCCCAGUUCUCUCCUAUUAUCAUGAAGAGAAGGAGGCUGCCAUUUGUCGAUGUAGUCAACCACUCUCAGGAUUCAGUGCCAGAUGCCUGGAGGAUGAACAUUUGCUUCAAGCCAUUAGUAAAGCCAACCCAGUCAAUCGCUAUAUGUAUGUUGUGGAUACCAGACCCAAACUGAAUGCAAUGGCCAACAGAGCAGCUGGAAAAGGUUAUGAAAAUGAAGACAACUAUUCUAACAUUAGAUUUCAGUUUGUUGGAAUUGAAAAUAUUCAUGUCAUGAGGUCCAGCCUUCAGAAAUUACUGGAAGUCAAUGGGACCAAGGGGCUUUCGGUCAAUGAUUUCUAUUCUGGCUUGGAGAACUCAGGAUGGCUUCGUCAUAUCAAAGCUGUUAUGGAUGCUGCAAUCUUCUUAGCCAGAGCAAUAAUGGUUGAAAGUGCAAGUGUGUUGGUACAUUGCUCUGAUGGGUGGGAUAGGACUUCCCAGGUUUGUUCCCUUGGCUCUCUAUUGCUGGAUUCCUACUACAGGACAAUCCAAGGAUUCAUGGUUUUAAUAGAAAAGGAUUGGAUCUCCUUUGGACAUAAAUUUUCAGAGAGGUGUGGCCAUUUGGAUGGUGAUGCAAAGGAAGUCUCACCGGUGUUUACUCAGUUCUUGGAAUGUGUAUGGCAUUUGACUGAACAGUUUCCACAGGCCUUUGAAUUCAAUGAAGCAUUUCUUCUUCAGAUCCAUGAACAUAUUCAUUCAUGUCAGUUUGGAAACUUCCUUGGAAAUUGUCAAAAGGAAAGAGAAGAACUCAAGUUAAAGGAGAAGACUUACUCUGUGUGGCCAUUUCUUUUGGAUGAUCAAAAGAAGUACUUAAAUCCUCUCUACAGCUCCAAAUCUCAGAAAUUUGCAGUUUUGGAGCCAAAUACAGUCUCUUUCAAUUUCAAGUUUUGGAGGAGCAUGUACCACCAAUUUGAUCGAACAUUGCAUCCUAGACAGUCUGUGUUUGACAUAAUUACGAAUAUGAAUGAGCAAAACAAGCAGUUAGAGGAAGAUAUUAAAGACUUAGAAUCUAAAAUGAAGCAAUACAAAAAGAAGCAAGCAGAUGGAGUUCUCACCAAGGAAUUGUUGCAUUCAGUUCAUCCUGAAUCACCUACCCUCAAAGCUUCACUGUGUUUUAAAGAGCAAUCUCUGUUACCUGGGAAUGAUGCUCUUCGAACUAUAGAGGGCAGCAACCCAGCAGAUAAUCGUUACAGUGAAUACACUGAAGAGUUUUCCAAAUCAGAACCUGCUGUGGUCAGCUUAGAGUAUGGUGUAGCAAGAAUGACUUGUUAGACUUCCGGAGUAUUUUCUGAACCUAUUGUAAUGGAAGAAGUGGAUUAUUGUGAGGGUGAUGUGUGUGCAUGAGCAAAAGUAAUUUGUCUUAUAAUGAUCUUAGAGUUUAACAGUUAAUAGUUGAAGAGAGGAUAAUAACUGCUCUUGUCAGAGAAAUAUGUCAGUUUUAUUGCAUUUCUGGCAAGGAAUGACUUUCAGUUUUGUGAGAAAUGAGUGGUGUUGGUGGGUUCACUCAAGAAACAAUUCUACUGUAUAGUAGUGGAUUGACAUUUCUGUAUCAUUUAUAUGUUAAUUACAGACAAACAUCAGUGGCCAUCCUUAAGUAUAAUUUAAUUGCCAGUAAACAAACUUAACAAAGUGGUCCCUAAUAAUUGAAACGGCAUGUACUUUGAUUAUGUAACUGAAUAUUUACAUAUUUUGCCUACUAGUGAUGUUUAAUGUUGAAGUGCCAUGAAAUAUAUUUCUAAGAAAGCCUUAAAAUCUCAGUUUAUUCUUUACACUUAAGUUUUUUAGCCUAGAAUAAGAUUUUUUUUUUGUUUUGGCCAACCUUGUUUUAUUUGUAAAGAGUUGUGCUCUGUAACAGCAGUUGCAUGCUAUAAUAUGCCUAUAUAAGCAAUUGCAAAAGUACACUGCUACUGUAAUGUUUAGCAGGUCCCAAAUCUGCAUUCAAAAUUAACAAAACUGAAGGUUUUAUUCUGAUUACAGUUUGUUUAGUGCUACAUUUGAUAACUUAUUCACAACUUAGAUUAUUGGCUUCUUGAGUAUAUAUAAGAAUAUUGACUGUCUUUUAUGUAUGGAUUACUGCAUUCCAUUUAUUUUUUGUGGUUGACUUUAUUCCUUUGGUAACUAAGUGUAAAGUGUUCUAACUGAAAUUGUUUUUAGAAACAAUGUACAUACAUACAUAUUUUUUAAACUUCUUUAUCUCUGAUGAAUUGUUGUUCCUAGAAUAUCUAACUUAAAGUUUACCCAAAAUUUUAGAGGUUAAAAAAGGAACUACAGAUAGUUUAGAUUUGGCUUGGUUGCAUGAGUUUUAAAGCAGUUAUUUCUGUGAAACAUUUUUUUCUUCUCUAUUAGUAGAGAAGAGUGAAAAAGGAUAAUUAAGGAUAGCCUAAUAUGAAGCUAAUGUUUAACAAAAGCAACUUAGAUACUAGGAAUUGUUUUAUUUUACCAUGUUAACUGUUUAGUCUAUGAACUAGUACAUACCUUUAAAUUAAAUCAUUUGUAAUUGACAGUAUCACCUCUCUGGCUUUAAAAUGGAAAGUUUAAGUAACAUGAGUGGCACAAGGUAUGAUUCAGGAGUACGAGCGUCUCUGCAUAGGAUUCCUCAAGUGUCUCUUUUUUACACCUAUGUCUAUUGUUAGUUUUGAUCGUAAAUAUAUUUUUCAAGUAGAAAACAACUUUAUUGUAUGAGAGCUUAUCUAAUCCUGUUUAUUUUUCCAAUGCUUUUCUGUAACAUGUUACAUAAUAAGAAAAAUAUUCAUUUUAAACAAUAACAGUAACAGAAAAAUACUAUUAAAUAUUGUCUGUGAUUUAGCAAAGCCUAUUUCCAUAUUGAAGCUCUGGGACAGGAAACUUAAUCUUUGUGACUGCAAAGGGAAACUUUAGUGCCUUGUUACUUGGUUCUUGUUACUGAUCGUGGUUUUAGAAUCUUUCUUGGCAGACUUUUAUAUUCACCUGUUUGGUUUAUUAUCAUAAUCUUCAACUUUACACAUAUAUGUAUGUGUUUAUGUGCUCACACAGACUGAGAAAUCAGUGAACAUUGUAAGUGACCUGCAAGGUAAAUGUUUGUUGGCAAGAAGCAGAUUGUAUAUAUGUCUUAAAAAAUUGGAUUUACAUUCAGUAUGUCUGAGAAUCUAUAGCAUGUAAAUUAUUUCAUGUAUUAUUUAAAGGUAAUUAAAUGUUCAUGUUUUACUUUUGAAAAAGCAAAUAGGAUCAGAUGGCUGUUUUUUUUUCCCCUUUACCUAAACAAAUGGACCUCCACU